AUGAUUUUGUUCCCCCUCUACAUCCUCGUGAUGUUAAUCUUGACGUGCAUGGUAGAUGCUCGGAAAAAGAAGCGGCCACUUUGCCAUCUGGCAUACGAUGUGGGCCAUGCUUCCAAAGGCAAGACAAUCAUUGGGCCAUGCAUUGUUUGGCAUUUCUGCAAUUUCAGCCUGGGUGGUCCGGAGACGCUGUUCCUGAAGCCCAAGCCACUCACAAGCAAAGACAACGCAAAGCCGGGGUUUGCCAUCACUUCUGCUCAAAGCUGUGCUGUGCCUGCAGCUGCGGGUUUCGCGCUUUCGAUCUGGGACAACCCAGAGUACGACCCAGAUGACGUGCAGAAAUCCGCACUGAGAGAGAAGAUCGUUGAGCUGGACACCGGGAAGUUUGCAGACCGACAUGUCUAUGUCCUUUGGAAUACCCGAAGGGCUACCAUGGACUUCGCUCGUGGCUAUCUCGGCGUGGUGCCGGGAGCUGGGAAAGUUUCCACUGCUGAGUGGGAUGCACAGGCUCAGGCUGGCCCCUCUCUGGAUCUCGAAGCUGGCAAGCCCUAA